CUGGUCCGUAUGACGCGACGGUAUUCGUGGAAAAUCGAGUCGACAACUUCAGUUUCCGGUGUCACAAAUCUUUGUUUGGUCAGAGUUGGGAAUGUGCAAUUGACUUGUCAAGAUAAUCUAAGAUGGAACAGACCAGAUAUAACCUCCGAAGGAAGUCCAGAGAAGGUCCUAAGGUGGACCAAAGAGUGGACCAAAGGCCACCAACAAAAGAACAAAAUGAUGUCCAAAGGAUAGCUGAAAGCACGGAAGCACCCAGCGUGAAGACUGUAGAAUCUACCGAAGUCCAGACCUCUCGUCCGGCCCUCAUUGUUCUUCUUAUAUUCCUUUCAUCUGUCUGUAUCAUGGGCCUAGUCUACUGGAGCUUUCCAGAAAUUGAUGAAGAUGACAUGGAGCAUAUUAAACUGCCCAAGAAUAUGGAUGACGCAAAAGUUCUAGGAAAGAUAUUAUCCCGUUACAACGAACAGAACUCCAUUGCUGUGACGGCAGCAUUCUUCAUUACAUACAUAUUUUUACAAACCUUCGCUAUACCAGGGUCCAUAUUCCUGAGUAUACUAUCAGGAUUCUUAUUCCCGUUUUUUGUAGCUCUCUUUUUAGUCUGUCUGUGUUCUGCUAUUGGUGCCAGUAACUGCUACUUGAUAUCCUAUUUUGUCGGAGUUCAGUUAGUUCAGAAGUACAUUCCUGAAAGGGUAGAAAAAUGGUCAGCAACGGUUGCAAGGCAUCGAGAACAUCUUCUUAACUACAUCAUAUUUUUGAGAAUAACUCCAUUCUUACCGAACUGGUUCAUCAACAUUACCUCACCUAUAUUAGAAGUCUCCCUGUGGCCCUUCUUCAUCGGUACUUUCCUUGGUGUGGCGCCCCCCUCGUUUGUUGCCAUCCAGGCAGGUACGACCCUGUAUCAGUUGACCCAUGCAGGCGACGCCCUCUCCUGGACGUCUGUCAUCGUCCUGGCUGUCUUAGCAGUCCUAUCUAUCCUACCAGCCGUCUUCAAGCAAAGGCUACAAGCAAAGUUUGAAUAAUAUGAGUCCAUACAUCAUCAUCAUCAUCAUUGAAUCAGACAAUGUUACAGGGAAACCAAUCUUGUCACUACAUCGGUUUUAGUAGUGUCGAAAUAUUAAUAUAUGGUAGCAGACGUAAUUAACAUUUGUUGAGCGUAUCCGGACACCUACCCCCUGGAAAACCACCCCCGGACAACUACCUCCUAGAGUAGUUGUCCUAGAAGGUGGUUGUCAUAGGGGAUAGUUGUCUAGGGGGUA